GUAGCUGUGGGAGGGGUGCAGGUGGGGGGUGUCCAUCUGAGAGCUGUUCCAGAGUCUCUCAGUAGUCUACAUCCUCACAGCGUGUCCUGUCCUCCUGUCUGUCUACAUCCGGAUAACAAAGUCCUCUUUUCUGCUCUGCUGAGAGCCCUGCAACAAACGCAACCAUGGAGGCCAUCAAGAAGAAAAUGCAAAUGCUGAAGCUGGAUAAGGAGAACGCGAUAGACCGGGCAGAGCAAGCAGAGGUUGACAAGAAGGGAGCUGAGGACAAAUGCAAACAGCUGGAGGAGGAGCUGCUGGGCCUGCAGAAGAAACUCAAAGGGGUAGAAGACGAACUGGACAAAUACUCUGAGUCUCUGAAGGAUGCCCAGGAGAAGCUGGAGCAAGCAGAGAAAAAGGCAGCGGAUGUGAGUGCUAGUACAGUACAGCACAGUGGAUUGCAGACAAGUAGUAACAGUGUUACUGAAUGUUUAGUAUACUUUCUUAAGCUGGUCUUUUGUAAAAAAAAAACAAAAAAAAAACAAAAUAAAACAAACAAACAAAACAAAAAAACAGGACUCUGGUUACAGACACAGCUCGGCAUGAUUUACAAAUUUUGACCAUUUCCUAUUUAC